AUUUACUUCUAAAUAUAUAAAGUUUUAUUCUUACCGAGUGUUUGUCUGUUUUUACUGUUUCUUAUACCAUCUCAUAAACGAUUAAUGGAUUGGAGUACUGGUGGUGUUAGAGGUGUUGGAAUUGAUGAUAAACCUCCAUCGACAUCAAUAUCUAAGUGGAAAAAAUGGUCUGAAAUUGAAGCUGGGCCUGGUGGAAGAAUAUCAGGUUCUGUAUGUGGAUUAGAUCCUAAGUAUUGCGAAGCUCCAGCAUCUGUUGCACCUUAUGAAUGGCCAGAUGAUAUUACUAAAUGGCCAAUAUGUCGUAAAAUGAGUGGUCGUGGUAGUGCUAGACAUAGUUGGGGAAGUUCUGUUAUAAGUCAAAAACUCACAUCUGCUGAGCAUAUGAUAUGUGAGGUUAUAGGUCAUCCAUGUUGUAUUGGUAUUCAUGGCACGUGUCAUAUAACUACAAGAGAAUAUUGUGAUUUUGUUCACGGUUAUUUUCAUGAUGAUGCCUCUCUUUGUUCUCAAGUGUCAUGCUUAAAUGAUGUCUGUGGACUUAUUCCAUUUUUUUCCCCAGAAAUUCCUGAUCAAUUUUAUAGAUUAUGGAUAUCCCUUUUCAUACAUGCUGGAAUUUUACAUUUGGCAACAACUAUUGUCAUUCAAUAUUUUUUAAUGAGGGAUUUAGAAAAAUUGACUGGCUCUUUAAGGAUAGCAUUAAUAUACUUAGGUUCUGGAGUUGCUGGUAAUCUAGGUAGUGCAAUAUUUGUUCCAUAUAGAGCUGAUGUGGGUCCAGCUGGUUCACAGUUUGGUCUUUUAGCAUGUCUUAUUGUAGAAGUUAUUAACUGUUGGCCUAUGUUAAAAAGGCCCGAGCAGGCUCUUUCAAAACUAUUAGCUAUCACAUUCUUACUUUUCCUGCUCGGGCUGUUACCUUGGGUAGACAAUUUUGCCCAUUUAUUUGGAUUUAUAUUUGGAUUCCUCCUGUCAUAUGCAUUACUGCCAUUUGUUUCAUUUGGUCCAUAUGAUCGACAAAAGAAAAUUUUUCUUAUUUGGGUGUGUUUAUUAUCAGCAUUGUUUUUAUUCAUUUUACUUUUGUUAUUGUUCUAUCUUAUACCAAUGUAUGAAUGUGGAUGGUGUAGUUACUUUAACUGUAUACCUAUUACUAAAGACUUUUGUGCGAAUCAAAAUAUUAACUUUAAAAAAGAUGAUUAUAUGGUAUGACAAAUGUGGUGGCGACGGUAUAAGACCGCGCAUACAUUAGUGACUAAAAAUGUGACUAAUAAAAGGUUUGUGACUUUAGCAACCUCUUGUGGAAUACUUGAGGUAAUUAAUAAAUUUUUUGUUUUAUAUUAUUUGCAAAAUAAAUAAGUUUCAAAAAAAAACUUUUUAUGUUUAGAAUACAUGAUUUUGAAAUAUAA